UAUUUCGGUAAGAACUGCAGAAAUGUAAGAACAAUAUUGGAUGACCGUGGAUUGAAAAUUCAUGAUGGUGGUUAUUUCUUGGGGGCAAAAGGACUCUACCACACCUACAAUUUAAAUCAAUCAAAAUAAACAAUCUUUCGAAAAUUUCUAUAAAGAAAGGUAUUUAAAUAGAAAGAUUGAGAUAUGGGUAGAGCAUUUGUUUAUGUAAUUCUUGGAGGAGGGGUUGCAGCUGGAUAUGCAGCUCUUGAAUUCACAAGAAAAGGGGUCUCGCCUGGCGAACUCUGUAUAAUUUCUGAGGAACCUGUUCCACCUUAUGAGAGACCUGCACUGAGCAAAGGUUAUUUACUUCCAGAAGAUCCUGCACGCCUACCGUCAUUUCACACUUGUGUUGGAGCUAAUGAGGAAAGGCUGACUUCAAAAUGGUACAAGGAACAUGGUAAUUCUUCCUUUUUUUUUUUCAUUUCUCUUUUAGAGCCUAUCGCAAAUAAGGAUUGUACAAUGCUGCAUUUCUUCUGCGGAGUACUUAUUUCCCCAUAUGUGUUUCUUCUAUGGAAAAUUUUACUAACUGCAGCUGGAGAGACUAUAAGCUACAAGAUUCUUAUCAUUGCAACAGGUGCUCGGGCCUUGAAGCUUGAGGAAUUUGGAGUGAGUGGAUCAAAUGCUGAAAAUGUUUGUUAUUUAAGAGAUUUAGCUGAUGCAGACAGGCUUGUUAACGUCAUGCAAUCUUGUACUGGUGGGAAUGCUGUUGUCAUUGGUGGUGGCUACAUAGGAAUGGAAUGUGCGGCAUCCUUGGUGAUCAAUAAAAUAAAUGUUACUAUGGUUUUCCCUGAAGCACAUUGCAUGGCCCGCUUGUUUACACCGAAGAUUGCAAGUUAUUAUGAAGAUUAUUACAGAUCUAAAGGAGUAAAUUUCAUCAAGGGCACUGUCUUGUCAUCUCUUGAUAUGGAUUCCGAUGGAAAGGUUACAGCUGUGAAUCUUAGAGAUGGAAAUCAGCUACCAGCAAACAUGGUUGUGGUAGGAAUUGGAAUACGUCCAAACACAAGCCUCUUCGAGGGCCAACUUACUUUGGAGAAAGGUGGGAUCAAAGUGAAUGCGCGAAUGCAAACAAGCAACAACUCAGUCUAUGCAGUUGGAGAUGUUGCAGCAUUUCCUGUCAAACUGUUUGGUGAAAUUCGUAGACUUGAGCAUGUUGACUCUGCCCGAAAAUCAGCAAGACAUGCUGUUGCUACAAUAAUGGAACCAAAUAAAACAGAUGACUUUGACUACCUACCCUUUUUCUAUUCUAGGGUCUUCACUUUGUCUUGGCAGUUUUAUGGGGACAAUGCAGGGGAAGUAGUGCAUUUUGGCGAUUACUCAGGAAGUACGGUUGGGGCUUACUGGAUAAACAAAGGUCACCUUGUUGGGUCUUUCCUUGAAGGUGGAACAAAAGAAGAUUAUGAAGCUAUAGCCAAUGCCACAAGGCUUAAGCCGGCCAUCAAUGACUUGACCGAGCUGGAAAAGCAGGGUUUGGGCUUUGCAUUGACAGUUAGUAAGAAGCAGCCAACAUCUCCGCCCGACAAUGUCAGUGGUUCUAGCUUAAUUAUAGACAAACCAGUUUAUGCUUGGCAUGCAACGGCGGGUGUUUUUGUGGCUGCAUCAAUAGCCGCAUUUGCAUACUGGUACGGAAGGAGGCGUAGGAGGUGGUGAAGAAAGUUUCUAAUGUAGUUGAAUUGUGUAAUACCAUGUGUUGUAGCAUUGAAGGUAUAUAGGUCAUUUGGGAUGAUAUCUCUUAUAUGUUUUAUUCCCAAUUUACUCUAAUAUAUCGCUCAAUGAAAAAAAGUAAAUAUCCUGUUUAUUGCUUUAA